CCCUCUGGCAAUUGUAUACCUGCUGCAGUUGAGCCAGAAUGAUAGAGGCAGAAGUAUAGAAAAGACUAGCCGGCGUUUUGUAUUUUCAGCCCUGUUUUCUGUGGACACUCAGAAAUUCUAAGCUCCAACGCAGCCUCCUGUGAUCUUACAUUCUUUUCAAUCUCUUCAAGUCUUCAGUAAAGGUACAUCAGACACUGUGAAGAUGGGCUGCUUUGGAUUUUUGAAAACAAUGAUGUUUUUUUUCAAUGGCAUCAUCUUUCUGGCCGGAGCAGGUAUCUUGGCUGUAGGUAUCUGGGUGAAGGUAGAUAAUAACUCUAUCAUGACCGUUCUACAAGGCCUGUCUGGGGCACCACCUGAGCUGAAGCAGGUGCUGAAUGUAGGCUACCUGCUGAUUGCUGUGGGCAGCGUGCUGCUGCUGCUCGGCUUUCUGGGCUGCUGCGGCGCUGUUCGCGAGAGCAGGUGCAUGCUGCUUAUGUUCUUUGUCAUUAUCCUGAUAGUCUUCAUUGCUGAGGUUGCUGGAGCAAUUGUGAUUGUGGUCUUCAAGGGACUGAUACAAUCUCUGAUAAGUCAAGUGGGAGUUGCUGUAGUGGACGGCAUUCGAAAAGACUACGGCGCUAAUCCAGAUGUCACGGGUCUGUGGAACACCACUAUGGACUUGCUGAAGUGCUGCGGAUUCAACAACUAUUCAGAUUUCACGGGUUCCCCUUUCGUCCAAAAUACCAAUCUGUAUCCAUACCAGUGCUGUCAGCUUCAACCCUGUAAAUACAGCAAUGCUACAGUUGCGAAUGUUAAGGGAUGUUACCCUGCACUGAUAAAAGUUUUUGACUCGAAUUCAGUUAUCAUCAUAGCUGUGGCCUUGGGAAUCGCAGCGCUUGAGCUCUUCGCCAUGGUUGUCUCCAUGACCUUGUAUUGCCAAAUAAAAUCUACAGAAGCCUGAAACCUGACCAAAAGCACAUCCAAACAUCUGAAAUUUACAACAGCAUAUUUACUGAAAACCAUUUAAAAAUAAAUGAAUUGAUUUUAUAGAUUUUUUUAUUAAAUUGUGUUUAUUUUUAAUAUAGGAACACUUGAUAUAUGCACAAUAAUAUAUUUAUAUUCUAUAAAUGAUUUACUAUUUUAAUGUUGAUUCAGAAAUGUGAUUUUCAGAUAAUUCAAUGUCUACCGGCAUUGUGUUACAGAUGACAUAAAAAUUAAAAAUGCCUUUUUAGCCAGUUUUGCAAUUAAAUUAUCUGCAAUUAAUAUUAUAUUAAUGAUAUUUUGUGAUAAUUAUAUAUUUCUUAAAACGCACCUUUACAAACAUUGUUCUGUGUAAAUAAAUAGCAAAUAAAAUAACUAAUCUAUAAAUCUUUCAAAUUAAGUGACUAUUUUUAGCAUGACACUGUAUGUACAGUAUAUUUUAUGUUGUCAUGCUACAAUGUUCAGUAUAUUUUAUGUCAAUAUUAAAUAUUUUAAAGAUGUUUAUUUACUUGUUUAUAUGUGUACAUAUGCACUUUCAUAAUGAAUUCCCUUUAAGAUUAAAAAAAUCAGUCAAUAAUUGCAGUAAUACAUACAUUAUAAAAAUGAUUCAGUAAUUUGUGGUUAAAAGACAAUGUCCUUUUUUUAACCAUUAAAGUUCCAGCUUAUUAUUCUGUUGUUUAUCUAAAGUAUAUUAUUCAGUACCUCCUGUGAAUUAUUCAGUAUCUAUUGUGAAAAACUAAAUAGGAAAUGUACUGUAUGUACUUAUAUACAAAGUAAUACUGUUGGAUUAUUUUAUUUCUCACAAAACUAAGGAAUCAUUAAAUCACUUUAAUCAUUAA